CAUGCAGCUGGCACCAAUGGACUGGGGCGCUCCUUCAGCCUCAGCCUCCUGAGUAGCUCAGACCCAGCCGCCAACACCACGCCCGACACCUCUACAUUUUUUAGGUAUACCUUUUUAGUAACCUCUAAAUCAUAAUAAAUGCACGGAGGAGGGGCCAAAGCCUUUUUUCCUGGCAAAUGCCAGUGACACCCGUUCUCAGCACCCAGAAACAGAGGCCAGGAGCGGGGCGGCUGUGGCUGCGCCCUCCGCCCUACUCCGCUGAUCCUGGGGCCGCGCAGUCCCUGCGUCCGGUGGUCACCGCGCCGCCCCUGGCGCACUAGUAGGGUCUGCAGCGUAUCCCGAGGAUCAGUCCGACUUUCCCGCCCCAUACGUGAGGGGCCGUCUCGAAGCCUCUUCCGCCACGGACACUCGAAACUGAUCUCGAAGCCCCUUCCGUCACGGAUACUAGAAACUGAUCUCGAAGCCCCUUCCGCCACGGACACUCGAAACUCUCCCCCGCAGUUAGACCUCAGCCGCCAGCAGCCCGCCGCCCGGCGCCGCAGCUCCCUGCCCGCAGGAGGAGCCACGUCUCGCGCGACUCUCUCCACCUCUCGCGACACUUGCCGCCCGUGCCCUGAGGCCCUGCGCGCCCCACCCGCGGUCGCGCGCCGCGCUCCCCGCCGCCUCACCUUUUCGCCCGGCAUCCGGGCCCGCUACUCGCCCACUGGGAGCGCCGUGGCGCCUGGUGUUCGGCGCGAGCCCGGCGGGGCUGCAGGUUCCGCCCUGCUCCGCUUCGCCCCGCCCGGGCUGGGGUAAAGGCCGCGGCCGGGCCAUGCAGUGUCCUCCUCAGGGAGGGCAGGAGAGCCUGAGGAGUGGCGGGGCCGCCAGAGAGCGAAAUGUCAUCAGUGCAGUCACAACAGGAGCAGUUGUCCCAGUCAGAUCCAUCUCCGUCACCAAACUCAUGUAGUUCCUUUGAGCUAAUAGACAUGGAUGCUGGCAGCUUGUAUGAACCAGUUUCUCCCCAUUGGUUUUAUUGUAAGAUAAUAGAUUCUAAGGAGACAUGGAUUCCUUUCAACUCUGAGGAUUCACAGCAGCUGGAAGAGGCGUAUAGCUCUGGAAAAGAUUGUAAUGGGAGAGUUGUUCCUACUGAUGGGGGCAGAUAUGAUGUUCAUUUGGGGGAGAGGAUGCGGUAUGCUGUAUACUGGGAUGAACUAGCAUCGGAAGUGAGACGAUGUACGUGGUUUUACAAGGGGGACAAAGACAAUAAGUAUGUUCCCUACUCGGAGAGCUUCAGCCAAGUUUUAGAGGAAACUUACAUGCUUGCUGUAACUUUGGAUGAAUGGAAAAAGAAACUGGAAUCUCCCAACAGAGAAAUUAUUAUUUUACACAAUCCAAAGCUUAUGGUGCAUUACCAGCCAGUUGCAGGGUCUGAUGAUUGGGGUUCAACACCCACAGAGCAGGGUCGACCAAGAACUGUGAAGAGAGGAGUUGAGAACAUCUCUGUUGACAUUCAUUGUGGAGAACCUUUACAAAUAGAUCACUUGGUUUUUGUAGUCCAUGGGAUUGGACCAGCUUGUGAUCUCCGCUUUCGAAGCAUUGUACAGUGUGUUAAUGAUUUUCGCAGUGUUUCCUUGAACUUGCUACAGACACAUUUUAAGAAAGCCCAAGAAAAUCAGCAGAUUGGGAGGGUCGAAUUUCUUCCAGUCAACUGGCACAGUCCUUUGCAUUCUACUGGUGUGGAUGUAGAUCUGCAGCGAAUAACCCUGCCCAGCAUUAACCGCCUCAGGCACUUCACCAAUGACACAAUUCUGGAUGUCUUCUUCUACAAUAGUCCCACCUACUGUCAGACUAUUGUGGACACAGUUGCUUCUGAAAUGAACCGAAUAUACACACUUUUUCUGCAGAGGAACCCUGAUUUCAAAGGGGGUGUAUCCAUUGCUGGUCAUAGUUUAGGUUCGCUUAUAUUGUUUGAUAUCCUAACAAAUCAGAAAGAUUCUUUGGGGGAUAUUGACAGUGAAAAGGAUUCGCUAAAUAUUGUAAUGGAUCAAGGAGAUACACCUACACUAGAGGAAGAUUUGAAGAAACUUCAGCUCUCUGAAUUCUUUGAUAUCUUUGAGAAGGAGAAAGUAGAUAAGGAAGCUCUGGCUUUAUGUACAGACCAAGAUCUUCAGGAAAUGGGAAUUCCUUUAGGACCAAGAAAGAAGAUAUUAAACUAUUUCAGCACCAGAAAAAACUCAAUGGGUAUUAAGAGACCAACCCCACAGCCUGCUUCAGGGGCAAACAUCCCCAAAGAAUCUGAGUUCUGCAGUAGCAGUAAUACUAGAAAUGGUGACUAUCUGGAUGUUGGCAUUGGGCAGGUGUCUGUGAAAUACCCCCGGCUCAUCUAUAAACCGGAAAUAUUCUUUGCCUUUGGAUCUCCCAUUGGAAUGUUCCUUACUGUCCGAGGACUAAAAAGAAUUGAUCCCAACUACAGAUUUCCAACGUGCAAAGGUUUCUUCAAUAUUUAUCACCCUUUUGAUCCUGUGGCCUAUAGGAUUGAACCAAUGGUGGUCCCAGGAGUGGAAUUUGAGCCAAUGCUGAUCCCACAUCAUAAAGGCAGGAAGCGGAUGCACUUAGAACUGAGAGAGGGCUUGACCAGGAUGAGUAUGGACCUUAAGAACAACUUGCUAGGUUCGCUGCGGAUGGCCUGGAAGUCUUUUACCAGAGCACCAUACCCUGCCUUACAAGCUUCAGAAACAGCAGAAGAAACUGAAGCAGAACCUGAAUCAACUUCAGAGAAGCCUAGUGAUGUUAACACAGAAGAGACCUCUGUGGCAGUUAAAGAAGAAGUCCUGCCUAUCAAUGUGGGGAUGCUGAAUGGAGGCCAACGCAUUGACUAUGUGCUACAGGAGAAGCCUAUUGAAAGUUUUAAUGAGUAUUUAUUUGCUUUACAAAGCCAUCUAUGCUACUGGGAGUCUGAAGAUACAGUAUUGCUGGUCCUCAAAGAGAUCUACCAAACCCAGGGUAUCUUCCUUGAUCAGCCUUUACAGUAAAAAUGACCCAUCUAUGGCUGCUUAAUGGAUAGAGUUCCUUUAGGAAUGCAGAACUCAGUGGCCUCCACACAGGCUCACCGUGGCUGAAUCCCACAACGACUUCCUAGGUUCCCAGCACGAAGAAACCGGCCAGAAAGGGCUAGCGCUCACCCAGGCAGGCUUGUCUGCUGUCUCUUGUGUCUGCCUUCUUGAGAAAUUUGGCCAGGAAGAUCAGAGACAGUGGAGAGAGAAAUGCAAUAGCCUGAAUCAGAAUGUCAGAGGUUAAAAACAAUCCAAAAAAAAAAGCCACACUCGUGCUCCUACAGGAAAGAGGGACGUGACACAGCAGGACUCACUAGCGCUAACAUAAGGUCUCUGAGUGCGCGUAACCGGGCGCCAGGAAGCGCCACCAGUGAACAGCAGCGCCCAUGCGCUCGGGCCCCGGUACCUCAGGCUGAGGCACAGAGCGCCCGGGAAAACGUCUCAGCCCAAAGAGGCUCGGACACCCUCCUCUCUCAAUCAGGAUCUUAAACACCAGAGCCCUAGGAGGCGGAAUCCAGCGCACAGCAGCGGAGUGGGCAGUGGGUCCCUACAAAGGCCGUCUCGGGGCGGAAAACGCACAGGUGCCCGCGGGAAGCCCGGUCACGGGGAGGGAGAAGGGACGAUCUUUCUCCACGCACAAACAUCGGCUUGGUGGGGAAAUACUCCGCCUCCACGUAGGGGUUCCGGUAGAGCCACAUCUCCUCCGGCUGGAUGAGUCUCUGGAACGGGGGGAGCAGCUCCGUCACCCUAGAGGGGAACAAAGAAGCGCAGAGCAGGUCGCCUGGCUUCCUCCCUGCUUCCCCACUGCCCGGCCCGCCGCCCCCUGCCGCCCGCCUGCCUGGGAAGCGGGGCCGCCCGGGCCCGGCCGUGGAUCUUACAGGAAGGCCGCGAACAGCGCGAGCCGCACCCCCACUUCGGCCCCAAAGGCCACCGCCGCGGCCGCCGCCUUCCCCAUCCGGCCGCGAGCCCCGAGCGACGCUGCGCUGACGUGGCCGCCUCCGCGGGGAGGGCCGGGUCGGGAACUGCGCACCGCCCCCUCUCCCAGUCGCCCGCGCUGCGGCGGCUCCCCAGGAAGCCGGCUUGGCGGCUGUGCCGAGGGCAUCGUCUGGCAAAGGGGACGCAAAGCCAACGGAGCUGCCCUCUGGUGCGUUCAGCAGGGAGCCAGCGGCCCAGUUCCAGCCGAGUAGGUCGGCGUGCGGUCCAUCAGCAGCUCCUCUCCACGGCCCAACCACACCACCGCGGGGAGCGGCCUUCUCCUGGGACCUCGCCUCUAAAUGGAAAACCGAACAGCCCGCUCUCAGAUCCUCCUUCCUUAGCAACACAGCCGCAUUCUGCAGGAAGCUACACUGCCUGAGGUUGGCUGGAUUGUGUCAUUUAGUCCUCCCACCCAGGAUGGCCUCCUGGCCACAGUGUUGUAGCAAAAAAUUAUUGGCAAAGAACAAGCCCACAUAUUUAAUUUGGAACAUACAGGACAAUUUAUUGAAGUCAAUCUCAAGCAAAAUAUGAAAUCAGUGGAAUGUCAUUAAAAACCUUUCCAAAUUAAUCCUCACGGAAGCAAAAAACACAUUGGAAUUCCAAAGUAUUUGUAAAAUAAAAAAGGCAACAUCUCAGUAAAUAUAAUGUACAAAAAUUAUGUUCCUACCAGCACACACAUCAGUAAAGAAGCUUAAAUAUUACAGGCAACCCUAAAUACACUAUAACUAGUCAACAAUAAGCUAUCUAUAUACAGGUUAACCAAGCUUUACACGUUUCACACUAUGCAAUAAAACAUAGGCCAAUCAACAAAAUCCUCAAAAUAUUAUAUAUCUUGAAGUCUAUGUGGCAACAUCAAGUCAUUAUACAGUAAUGCCCUAGUGGAACACCCCCAGGGAAAAUUAACACUAAUCCCUUAGUGUCAAGAGCUUCUAGCCAAGUCACAGAAACUCAAAAGAGAUUGACUUUAAUGAAUAUUGAUGCUUUGUUAUUAAAGACUCAAGUCUCAAGUGAUUUAGGCAAAGUAACGGUUCACAGGAUCUACAAAGUUUAUUACAGAUAAAGUACAGAAAUAGCCAAUCUACAAAGAUCAUUAUCAUAAAGAACACGAGAAAAUGAAAACGGAGUCUGUAGAUAUCUGUGUUUGUUGUGCAAUAUCACUCAAAUGGGUACAAAUGAAUUUCUCAUAUCAAUUCCAAAUAUACACAUACCCUUGUAUAUAAAAAAUGGUAUUAGCCAGUUGUAAUACUCAUUUAGCAUCUUGGUUAUUAGUGGCAAUAUAAUUUUCUUAACAUAGGGCAUGUAACAGGACAAAUGAGAUAAAAUAAUAACAACAAAGUAAGUUUUAUCCAGUCCAUUUCUAAACUGACAAGAAUACCUUAUCAAUACCUUAUAUAGGUAAUCUGACAGAUACUUGAGGGCUGUUUGCACACAUCAAGUGUGUUGGCAGGCAGGGAGGGGAGCAGUAAAAGCUGAGGGUGCUUUCUCGCUAACUAGCAGAUGCGGUAAUGCCACAUAAGAAAACUAAGGACUGAAUAAAUGACUUUGGCAUCUAUUCUAUUUUCCCUUUUUACUUACAUGUAAAUUACUUUUACAGCCUAGUGAAGGACAGGCAAUUCUCAUCCCCCUCCCCCUUCAUACAUACGUGCCACAAGCACCCAAACUUGUCACUUGUGCAAUGGACUGACCAAAACAAAACAAAAAACAGAAAUGUUUUUUGAAAGACACGGAUUACCCACAUUUUGGGAGUGUAACAUAAGUGCAAUUUUUUGUUUAUUUUUUUCCCUACAUAGACAUAGUAAAAGGAAAGAAGAUGUGCUUGGGGAGAAGGUUGACAAAAUGACAAAAUAAAGAACGUACAUAAAAAGUAUUUGUAAAAAUGCUGGUAUCUCAUGCAGGAGUCUCUUCCUCAAAUGUGUUCAGUCUGAGCUAUCUACUGUGAACACUCUCCCAUUUGCAGAACUUCACCUUUAAUCCACGCUAAAGAGGAUAAGAGACUAGGCUAUUUAUUUUCAAAACAGUUUACAAAACAAUGCUUUCUACUUCAUAAAUGUAAAAAGAAACUGUAAAAUAAGGAGAAUCUGAAGAGUUUCAAGUACUUAAAAAACCUGAAUUCAAUGAGGCAGAGGUCUCAAUGUUAAAGUGACUACUUCGUACCUGUGGUAAACAUUAUCCCCCCCCCUUACCCUAUUAUAACCCCCUUUCUCCUGGUACCCCACCCCAGGUAAAAGUUGGUGAGAUUUCAGUAUAUACACAUUUCCAACUUUUCAGUAUUUGUUAAUUCAUUGCAAAGCUGUCUAAUUAUAGUAUUCCCUAGUCCAUCUGAAAAUGGAAGCAAGUUCUACUUUUUGUUUUACAUAUAACCAGAGACCAAUUCUAGGUGGCCCUAGGCCAAAGGAAAGUGUUUCCAUUCAUCAGUUCAUGUCUGCACCAACUUGGACAACUGGGGGUGGCUGGAUGCAUCAGCCUUGUGAAAAGUAACUUUAGUCUACGCUGCCCAGAAAUAAAGCAACUUUCCAAUGUCCUUUUUCUCAUGUGGAGUACAUAGAAUGUCAGCUUCCCAGCCGUGAGGGCUCCAUAGCCACUGUUUUCUUAUCUUAUUAAGAGGACAUGGCAUGUAGCAGCCAACACCUUGACUUUAAGGUGAAUGCUAAAGGAAGAGCUUUGUAUUUAAAAUGACAUGAAAGACAAGCAACAAGUCCUGGGCAGUCCAGAGAUUGUAUUCUCUACAGAUGGCCUGUUUGCAAACUGUAGGUCUGGGUUUGACCUAUUGGAAUACACCAUGCAAGAAACUACUCAAAAAGGAAAUUCCAUUUCAUGAACCAGGAAAGUUGUCCAACAGCCUGUCCCAUCUGAGGGUCCUUUACAUGAUUAGAUACUCAAUAUCUCAGUUCUACAACGUUAUUUACAGACAUGUUUUCAAAUAUUUUGUGUAAAUGGCAGAAGGGAGCUGGGAGCAGUCCCCCUGCCUCCAUUACUUUUUUAGCUUUCAGAUAUGUUCUUGACUUGUACAGAAAAUUCCAAAUUUUAAAUGAUUCCCAAACUCAGCCAGUUCUAUAGAUGAGGCCAGAUCAUUUUUGAGAAUUAAGAUAGAGUGGGAGCUUGUUAAAACAAAAAUGAAAAUAAAACCCACCUCACUCCUGUAUCUCUCCCUGAUUAGACAUUAAAGAGGUGAAUCACUGCCUCUGGCUGCUUCAGCCUUCCAGGAAUGAAGGGCCAUCCACCUUGCCCUUCUCAGCCAGCCACAGGCAGCUCUUCCGA